AUGGGCCACUUCCUUUCCAAGUCCAAGAAAAACAAGCCGUUCUCAUGGCCGCCGGAGGGGAACACCCUGCCCAUGGCGACCUUCGCGGGGGGCUGCUUCUGGGGCCUGCAGCUGGCGUACCAGAGGGUGCCCGGUGUGGUGGAGACCUGUGUCGGCUACAGCGGCGGCACCGCUGACAACCCCUCGUACAAUGAGGUCUGCUCCGGCAGCACGGGCCACGCGGAAGCGGUGCAGAUGACGUACGAUCCCGAGAAGGUGACGUACGAUCGGCUGUGCGAGCUGUUCUUCUCCCGAAUCGAUGCUUAUGCAAAGAACCGUCAGGGAAACGACGUGGGCACGCAGUACCGCACAGGCAUCUACACCCACACCAAGGAGCAAGCAAAAAUCGCAGAGUCGCAUUGGCCAUCUGGCUGUGCUGUGGAGAUAAAAGAGUUUGACAAGUUCUGGCCUGCAGAGGUGGAGCAUCAGAGGUACCUUGAGAGAGGUGGCAGAUUUGGUAGGAAGCAGAAUGCCGCCAAGAUGUGCAAUGAUCCGAUUCGUUGUUAUGGUUAA